AUGUCAUCGUCUGGGAAAGACAGCAGCGGUGCCCAACAUGCCAAUUACGUGGGACCUUAUCGCUUGGAGAAGACGCUCGGGAAAGGGCAGACAGGACUGGUCAAACUGGGGGUCCAUUGUGUCACGUGCCAGAAAGUCGCCAUAAAGAUUGUCAACCGGGAGAAACUCAGCGAGUCAGUACUAAUGAAGGUGGAACGAGAAAUAGCUAUCCUGAAGCUCAUAGAACACCCCCAUGUUUUAAAACUACACGAUGUCUACGAAAAUAAGAAAUACCUGUACCUGGUGCUAGAGCACGUGUCUGGCGGAGAGCUGUUUGACUAUCUGGUGAAGAAGGGCAGGUUAACACCCAAAGAGGCCAGGAAGUUUUUUAGACAGAUCAUCUCCGCCCUGGACUUCUGCCACAGUCACUCUAUAUGUCACAGGGAUUUGAAGCCGGAGAACCUGCUGCUAGAUGAGAAGAACAACAUCAGGAUAGCAGAUUUUGGCAUGGCCUCCCUUCAGGUUGGAGACAGUUUACUGGAAACCAGCUGCGGAUCUCCACAUUACGCUUGCCCAGAGGUCAUAAGGGGAGAGAAGUACGAUGGGAGAAAAGCAGACGUCUGGAGCUGUGGGGUCAUUCUCUUUGCCCUACUGGUGGGUGCCCUUCCCUUUGACGACGAUAACCUGAGGAACCUUCUGGAGAAGGUGAAGUUGGGGGUUUUUCACAUGCCUCACUUUAUCCCUCCAGACUGCCAGAAUCUCCUCCGUGGCAUGAUUGAAGUGGAUGCCACCAAACGACUAACGUUAGAACAGAUCCAGAAGCACACAUGGUACAUAGGAGGGAAGAACGAACCAGAGCCUGAACAGCCCGUGCCCAGGAAGGUGACCAUCCGCAGCCUGCCCUCUGCAGACGACAUCGACCCAGACGUGCUGGACAGCAUGCACUCCCUGGGCUGCUUCAGAGACAAAAACAAACUACUGAAAGACCUUCUCUCCGAUGAUGAAAAUCAAGAGAAGAUGAUCUACUUCCUGCUACUGGAUCGCAAGGAGAGGUACCCCAGCCAGGAGGACCAGAACCUGCCCCCGCGCAAUGAGAUUGAUCCUCCGAGGAAACGUGUGGACUCUCCCAUGUUGAACCGCCAUGGCAAGAGGAGACCAGAGAGGAAAUCUAUGGAGGUUCUUAGCGUCACAGAUGGAGGCUCUCCUGUCCCUGCCAGGAGAGCUAUUGACAUGACACAGCAUGGGCAGAGGUCGCGGUCUAUCAGUGGAGCAUCCUCGGGUCUCUCUACCAGCCCCCUCAGCAGCCCACGGGUUACCCCCCACCCUUCCCCACGAGGCAGCCCCCUCCCCACCCCUAAGGGCACCCCGGUACACACGCCCAAGGACAGCCCAGCUGGAACCCCGACCCCAACACCGCCCCCAAGCCCGUCUAUUGGAGGCAUGCCCUGGAGGACGCGCCUAAACUCCAUCAAGAACAGCUUCCUGGGCUCGCCGCGCUUCCACCGCAGGAAACUACAAGUUCCCACACAAGAGGAGAUGUCCAGCCUCACACCAGAGUCUUCCCCAGAGCUUGCCAAAAAAUCCUGGUUUGGGAACUUCAUCAACCUGGAGAAAGAGGAGCAGAUCUUCAUCGUCAUCAAAGACAAGCCGCUCAGCUCCAUCAAGGCCGACAUUGUCCACGCCUUUCUGUCCAUCCCCAGCCUGAGCCACAGCGUGAUCUCUCAGACCAGUUUCCGAGCGGAGUACAAGUCCACAGCCGGCCCCACUGUCUUCCAGAAGCCGGUCAAGUUCCAGGUGGAUAUCACCUACACAGAGAGCACAGCUGCCACCAAGGAGAACGGCAUCUACUCUGUCACUUUUACACUGCUCUCAGGACCCAGCCGGCGCUUUAAGCGGGUUGUGGAGACGAUUCAGAGCCAGUUGUUAAGCACACACGACCAGCCCGGGGUCCAGCAGUUGUCAGGUCAUCCUCUGUUAACUUCUUUUGACGUAACUGAACAACUCUUUUCAGACGAGAAGAACGGACAGGUGCCCUACCCCACUGGCACGGCGUCCAAGCACUGCCCCUCGCCCAUGCACGUCCGAAGGCACGAGCCGGACACUAACGACACCAAAUGCCCCGCCAUGGGCCGAGACAGAGCCAAGUUGUCGAUGGCGUCUGUGGGGACACAGGAGGAGUCUUAGACUGAGACACUUAUGUAGUGGGAAGCCAGUGCUAAAACGAAAUACCCAUCCCCGGGAUUGCAGUCUGCCAGUCAGACACUGCACAGAGAGAG